UCAGGCUGGCCUUGAAUUCAUUUCUAUCCUCCUGCCUCAGCCUCCUCAAUGCUGGGCUGACAGCUGUACGACAUCAUGCCCAGCUGUGUAUACUGUUUCCAAUAACCUUACAUGCUAUCAUCUAGCAAAGAGCAGAUACAGAAGGAAAAUCAGACUGACCAAGGCGCUUGUCUGGGGCGAGCUGCGUGCAGUUGUGGAUGGAAGGCGCUGCUUUGCGGGUGCCCAGGCCGCUGGCCCCCGGCCAGGCCGAGAAGGAACGCAGGGCCCUGUGGGAGGAGUCCUGUGGUCAGCUCCUGGAGUAGGGAGGUGGCAUGCUGUAGUAACAUUCAAGAGGGAAGGGUUUCUUCUCGGCGAAGUGAGAGGCGAGGCCAAGAACAGCAUCACCGACUCCCAGAUGGACGAUGUGGAAGUCGUUUACACAAUUGACAUUCAGAAAUACAUUCCAUGCCACCGGCUUUUCAGCUUUUAUAACUCUUCAGGUGAAGUCAAUGAGCACGCAUUGAAGAAAAUACUUUCAAGGGUUGAAAAGAAUGUGGUAGGUUGGUACAAGUUCCGCCGUCACACAGAUCAAAUCAUGACAUUUAGAGAGAGGCUGCUGCACAGAAACCUACAGAGGCGCCUCUCAAGUCAGGAGCUCGUGUUUCUCCUGCUGACGCCAAGUGUAGUGACGGAAAGCUGCUCCACGCACCGGCUGGAACACGCCUUGUACAAGCCACAGAGAGGACUUUUUCACAGGAUCCCUUUAGUAGUGGCCAACCUGGGCAUGUCUGAGCAGCUGGGCUAUAAAACUACAUCAGGCUCCUGUGCGUCCCUGGGCUUUAGCAAGGCAGUGAGAACACACAGCUCUGAAUUUUUUAAAGAAGAUGGAUCUUUAAAGGAGGUACAUAAGAUAAAUGAGAUGUAUGCUUGUCUACAGGAAGAGUUGAAGGAUGUAUGUGAAAAGGUGGAAGGAAGUGAACGAGAAGUAGAGAAGCUAAUGAAGGAUGUAAACAGGUUAAAACAAGAAAUUAAACAAAGGCAGCAAGCACAGAUUGAAGCAGCACGUGAGCAGAAUGUCCAAAAGGACCCUCAGGAGAAUGUUUUUCUUUGCCAAGCUUUACAGACCUUCUUUCCAGAUUGUGAAUCUCUCCAUUCUUGUGUGAUCUCUUUGAAAACCAGAAAGAUUUCUGAAAGCAGAUGUGAUGCCUCACACACUGUCGACGUGGCAGACAAGCUGACCUUGAUGGUGGAGUAUGCUCACUCCCCAGAAGCCAGCCCCACCAGGACCGCCGCGCAGGCGCCUAAGCGCAGAGCUGCAGGCCUGGAAGACCAACAGCAGCAGAAAAAGCUGCGGCUGGCGGAGCCAAGAAACAAGCUGUGUGAGACAGGUACUGAGAGCAGUAACGGAGAAAAGGCAUCUGCAACAAGCAGCCCAGAAACAGAGGACGAGAGGGAAAGAACGCAGGGUGCUGACAAAUAUCCAGAAUCCCCCACCUUUUAACCCUGGUGACCAGAGUGAAAGUGUUGACUGUGGAAGGGGUGAAGCUCAGCCACUCUCAGGAAGCCACAGCAAAGCCCACUUGCUUUGGCUACGUUCAGCUGCCCAUGUGCUAUCUGGUACGGUACUGGUUGUUACCUUGGUUGCCUGCUUACAAUAAUUCCUAAGUAAGUUCCACUGAACCUGUUCCAUAAAGGACUUUUAAACAUA